GGCUGGUUUUCCGUUCCGUGCAUUGCUCUAUCCUACUAACCUGGUCCUACGACGCCGCACGUUGGCACGAUGAACAGCUCCGACGGUAAAAAGGCUUCUCCCUCGGGUGUGGUGGAAUGGGUCCGCACAGCAUGUCGGUUUGCCACAGACAGGAACGACUUCAGAAGGAAUCUCCUGGUCAACAUGGGCUUGUUUGCCGCUGGCGUCUGGGCCGCAAGAAACCUCUCAGAUUUUGACCUGAUGUCUCCUCAGGCUGUGGCAUAACAUGGUGGAAGUUACAGCAUCGCCACAACCAGGAUGAUGGCGUCUUGGACCAACAAAGAAGAAACAAGGGACAUGAAUAAACAGUCAUGAAACUUGCAUGACGAGUUAUACUUUGAAAACAAACCAUCUUGUUUUCCCGAAUUUUCUUUUCUUUUCUAAUUUUUGUUUUGUAUUUUCAUUUUAUUGUAGAUGUCAUGACAACACAUUACAAUCUUGACUCUC